GGCACACCAACACUGCAAACGAUAGGCACGGCGCACAUCAAGCAUGGGGAAGCGUGACCGACACAGGAGUCCAUCAUCCUCUUCCUCGGAGGAGAGGGGCCGUCGGAAGUCUUCCAAGUCUAGCAAACAGAAGCAGGACAAGGACAAAAGAAAGAAGCAAUCCAAAAAACCGUCUCGCUCGGAAUCGAGGUCGCGUUCACCACCUCAGAGCAAGAGCAGUCGCCGCAAGCGGGACGAUCGCAGCCGAAGCCCGAGUGUCGAUGAAGAGGCACGGAGGAGGGCUAAGGAGGCCAGGAGGGAGCAAAAGUACCAGGAGAAGUUGGCGCUGAAGAAAGCUCAGCGGCGCGCGGCAGAAUCGGAACACGAAAAGGCGGAGAGGAAGCGAAAAGCCAAAAUGGACGGCACGGCGGCUCACUUCGGGUACACAAACGACAUCAACCCGUUCGGUGAUUCCAACCUGACAGAGCAGUUUGUUUGGGGCAAGAAGAAGGAGAAGGAGGGAACUGCCGACAAGCUGCUCACCAAGCGAGAAAUGCGCGAGAUGCAGAAAAAGAACAUCGAUGAAAUCGAAAAGGUGCGAAAGAGACGAGACGAUGCCGAGGCGGAGCGCGAGGAAAUGGAUCGCCUCAAGGCGGAAGAGUCGAGGCUCCGCGAGCAGCAGCAGUACGGCGACUGGCAGAAGAAGGAAGAGCAAUUCCACCUGAAGCAGGCCUCGCAGAGGUCCAAGAUUCGCCUGGUGGAAGGGCGGGACCGCCCAAUCGACCGCCUGGCGAAGAACGUGAUUCUAUUCGGGGAGCAAGAUCAAGGGGAAGGGGAAGUGGGCAUCAAGUACGGCGGGAAGGGAGACGUGGACGUUACCGGCUUGGAGAUGGAGCUCAGAGAGCCAUACAAGUUGUUCGAUGGCUUGACCUUGGAGGAGCUCGAGCAGCUACAAACGGAGAUCCUGCAGUACCAAGAGCUCGUCGGGGAGAAUGGGCCGAAUCGAGACUUCUGGCUAUCUCUAGGGGUUGUUUGCGACGACAAGGUGGCGAAGGCCAAGGAGCUGCUCGGGGAAACCGAGGAGGGCGUCGCGACGGGGGGGCUGCAUAAGACGGUUAUCGACGACGUGACGGCCAAGUUCGAGAACCAGACCGUGGAAGAGUUGGCUGAACAGAAGACCAAGAUCCAGGACAAGCUGGACUCCGGCGAGGCUUCGGUGGAUACAGAGUUCUGGGAGGCCGUGCUGAAAGAGCUACACGUUUUCCAGGCGAUGGCCAGGCUUCGCGACGUACACCAAGCCAUGCUGGAGGCUCAGCUGGAGAAGCUGGAAGAAAUGCGGGACAGUAUGAAGAGCAAACGCGCCAGCAGAGCGGAGGGAGACGAAGAGGAGGAAGAGGAAGAAGAGGAAGGAAAGGGACCGGCGAUUGCGACCACCGCAGCAGACUCAUCCGCCCUGGCCAUGGGCAUGCUGGCCAACGAGAAGAGCAAGGGGAUGGGAGACGAGGAAGAGCGCAUGGACUUGGCCGACGAGGUGGACAUGGGCGGGAAGACGUACUGGUGGCACGACAAGUUCCGCCCCCGGAAGCCGCGCUACUUUAACCGGGUCAAGACGGGUUACGACUGGAACAAGUACAACCAAACGCACUAUGACCAUGACAACCCUCCACCCAAGACCGUGCAGGGCUACAAGUUCAACGUGUUCUACCCAGACCUGAUCGAUCGCGAGGAUACCCCCAAGUAUUUCUUGGAGAAGGCGGAUCACCCCGGCUUUGCCAUCCUCCGAUUCCACGCCGGCCCUCCGUACGAAGACAUCGCCUUCAAGAUCAUCAACCGAGAGUGGGAGUUUGGACGCAAGCGAGGUUACCGCUGUGUGUUCGAGCGCGGUGUACUCUCUCUCUACUUCAACUUCAAAAGCCUUUGGUAUCGCAAGUAGUAUGCAUACAUGUAUGUAUGGGGUACACGCACUCUUCGCCUGCUGGCGUACCUCGGGAAUCCGUCGCGGUCUUUCCUACUGCUGUAGUCCGACAAGUUUGUGUAUCGCAAGGUGCGGUAAGUUUUGGUGUUGAGUGUUUCAAGUAGUCCUGCACGAGGCGCGGCCCUUUGUUAGCUCGUGGCGCGCCGGUUGUCCGAAUGGCGAAAGGCCUGCUAUGGGCGUUUUCUGGAUUUUCGGCCUCGAAAUAUCGUGUUGGCUCUUGUUUCGGAUAUGCUGUGCGCUAUGUAGACGCCGCAUGGCAGUGCAGGAGCAUCGUAAGCGCAUGGGCCGAGGAUUGGCACGGCAACCGGCGUCGUAUCGGUUAUGACGCUUUGGCGGAAACGAUGCCUACCUUUUUUAACCCUCGAGACACUUCGAUGAAGCGGAUUAUGUACAGUAGCCUAGCAGUGAAGCUGUAGAUGUAGUCUUAAGCAGCCCGCUGUGCAUUGAUAGAUGCACAACGCGUGUUGUUGUGGAUUCCGUCCUAUCGGGUCCCGAAUCCCGAUCAGGCGGACGUGAAGGUUGACUGAGAAUUUUGGAGUACAUGUUGUGGGAUCACGUUGUUGGAGGGAGUUAUGUAGCCUUGGAUUGCGUAACCGCAUCUGUUUUGUCUACGCCUCUUCCUUGCGUCUAUCCAAACCGCUGCGCGCCUGACGCUGGUCCCCGGAACUCUGCGAGAAAUCUGGCGCGUUACGUGCGUCCGUACAGCAGCCGCUGUUUUUCAUGCCUGCUCACGAUGACGAUGCGUGCGUGCUGUUGUUCACGAAGAAAAGGACAAAAGGGACGCAGGGCAAAGACACAAUGACUACAACAGCGUGGAAACAUCAGCUAGAACGAUGCAGCGGUGGUACCAGUAGCAGUGAGCAGUACAAUAAACGCAUACAACUUAGAGAACGCCGAACCACCAGUCGAAACGUCGAAACGCCCAAUGAAAGGUUCCAUCCGAGGCUUUGUUCCUCCUCGGCGCAUCCGCAUCCCGCCGCAGUUCUACGACAGCUCCGGUACAUGUCACAACAAUCACCACCACGCCGCACUCCGCACUCCCGCACGAAAAACGUCGAGGGUGAUGAAUCCGUGACGAGGCGAAGAAAAUAUGAAAAAAUGUUGUUUUCACAGGAUCCACGAACGGCCCAGAGAUGAAAUCGAGGGCAGAAAAGAGAGCAUCUGCAUGCGACGGACCCAAAUGCUGCCCAACGCCUGGGGUAGCGCGAAAGCACUACCAUCCCAUGGAUCCUGCAACGCAAAAACCGGCUACGGGGGUGGCGUGGUGGAGCCCACGACUGGCCAAGAAGCCAAUGAACGACGCGGCUGCUGCCACGGACAUCACGCCGCCAACAACGAGCGCGCGCGGAAACGGGAAGCGCAAGGGCAGGGGCAAAGUGCCCGAGAAGGUGGGAAAACCGGAAAUAUUGCACAUGAAAGAAGGCUUUUUGUGCCGUGCCAAACUUGAAACGACAAGGAAAAACAAGUAGUUGCAAGACGUGAUAGCGGUGUUGGUUGUUAGCUGGGGUAAUUCUCCUUGUUUGUUCGUCCUUAUUUAUGGACGGGAGCAUUGAUGUCAGUAGUAAACGGGAGUAAAUCUAUUAUUGAUGGUGCUGCUGCCUCCCCAACUUGAAGUUGGCGGGUUAAAUGACCCAAACGAACUCAACUGCAUCUGGCUCCUCUCACUGCUGUCUUGAACGCAAUAUUUGGGAGGAGGCCAAGGGCGGCGGGAAGGGGAAGGGCAAGCAGAAGGUGCCCAGGGUGGCGGCCGAAGCGGUGAGUAAUGUCGCACAUGAAAUGAGGCAAGCGUGAAAGAAGGAAAACAAAUCUUACAACAUGUGACAGCGGUGUCGGUUGGUAGCUGGGGUAAUUGUCCUGGUUUGUUCGUCCGCACUAUUGACGGGAGCAUUCAAUAGACCCUUUCGGAUUUUGUGUUUUGUUGGGUCAGACAAAAUGCUCAGACAAAAUAAAAGAUGGUCAGAUUUUUUGGAAUCUGUAGCCGGUAACGGUUUUAUUUGUCCGAGGCUGCCCCACUUUUCACCCACGGCUCAGACAAAUACGUCUCACCAACCUCAUUUUAUCUGAGGCGUGGGUUCCUGUUCAGGAGGCCCAGAUAUUUGAGCAGCAACAGAGUAGCGUAAACCACACAAGAUGGCAUCGCAGGGUACAGACUCGUCCAAGCCUCAUGUCGCCACCACCACCGAUGCGGGCGGUGUGCGUCUAAUGUGUAGGUAUAUGUGCUUAUCGCUGUGGAAGAAACCGAGAUCCCGAAGAAGCUCCCGCGGGUUGGUGACGAAUUUCAGGCGGUGCUGCCCCCGUGGCCCCCGCUCGGGGCACGACCUAGGGCGGACGUACACAAGAGGCGCAAGCCGUGGGGCGCCCCGUCCGAAGAGGACAAGUCCAUGGACCUCUUUACGGUCCAACUCCUGACGGAGUUGCGGACGGACAUCUCCGAGGACGAGGUCCUGGAGGCCCUCCGCGCCACGGAGAGAUUGGCAACCGGUUACCCGUGGUUCACAUCAAUACGCGCUAAUCUGGUGCAGAAGGUGGCCGUCACGGGCGAAGCAACCGCCGCCGCCGUCGCCGCCGCCAACGCGCCAAAGGUCACCAGCCUGUGGGCAAACGCUGUAAUCGCCGUCGCGGUGUCGAUAUCGAAGAGCGCGGUUGCCGCCGCCGCCUCUGAGGUGGCGUGUACCGCGUUCUCCUCUGGAGGGGGUGCCUUCUCUGCUGGAGUAUCCUCCUCCGUCGGAGCUGGUGGCACGUCUGUUGCCGCCUCUUCCUCCGCCGUCCCCUCUGCGGAGGCAUCUGCCGUCGCCUCCUCGGGUGCCUCUUCCUCUAGCGAGGCUGCUGAUGCGUCUGCGGCAUGACUGAUCUGGGGAGGGUCCGCACGCCUGCGGCUGUAUGUAUAUUAUUGUCCAUCUCUCUUCGUGUAGAGUAAUUGGCCGACUGAAGAUGAGCGUGGGGGGUUGUAGUGACAUCGGUGUUGGCGUUGUGGGGUCGCCUGUUGGGUGCCCUCGUAAGUUUGUGGUGUUGGUGGGUGCGGUAACAGUGGAUGAAACUCGUCGCGAAACGCGAAACCAAUUUACUUUGCUACAAAUGAGAGUGACCCGUUUGUUGUCCGUACUACGGUACCCAUUUGGAAGGUUUAGGGGAAAGUUGCAUGUUAUUUUUUUUUUUACGUUCAUCCAUCUCGUUUGCAUGUAUGUGGUAAUUCAUGGCUUUGCAUCCUUCAGACUGUCUGGUGUUUUUGUUUUUUAGUGGAUCGCAUAUCCCGGCUACAGCCAUAGAAAACGAACAGACGUUUCCCUGGAAUGUGCACUGCUGUAUA